AUACGCAGUUUGCACCCUUAACUGCAAAAGCUGUUUAUACAUUGCUUGUGAUAAACGUUGUUCUGAUCGAUGUUAUGGCACGUAUUAAAAUAUAUAUUUUAUCUGCUGCCUGUGUUGAAGAUAUACCUCCCUGGUUGCUUGUAAGAAGGUUCAACCUCUACAAAGGCAAAAAUGCCUAUCGAUGUGGUGGAGUUUUGUCUCGGGGGCACCGCAGCUGCCUGUGCUGUCCUUUUCACAAAUCCAUUGGAAGUCGUCAAGACAAGGUUCCAACUGCAGGGAGAGUUGAAGGCAUGGGGAACCUAUCAACGUCACUACAGGAAUGUGUUCCAUGCCUUCUACACCAUAGGUCGAUAUGACGGUCUCCUUGCCCUGCAAGCUGGGUUGGCCCCUGCUCUUGUGUAUACUGCCAUUCAGAAUGGCACAAGACUCGGGACCUAUCAGAUUUUAGUGGAUAUGGGACUAACGAGGAAUAAGGAUGGCGAAACGAGUCUUCCAAGAACAAUCUGUGCAGCAGGGGCCGGUGGUUAUGUAGGGGCACUGAUCAGCAGUCCUUUGUUCCUUAUUAAGACACAUCUUCAAUCCCAGUCUAAUGAGGUCAUUGCAGUAGGUCAUCAGCACACCCACAGUGGUUGGCUGCAAGGCUUGAAGAAGAUCUACGUAGAGGGCGGCGUCAAGGGUUUAUGGAGAGGGGUCCACGCCCAGACUGUACGCAAUGUUGUAGGUUCGGCAUCGCAGCUGACAGCUUUUGCUUUAACGAGUGAUUUUAUCACUGAAAAAGAGAUCUUUGUGCCUAGCAGUCGCUACAUCCCCAUCACCUCGAGCAUGGUGGCGAGCGCCGCCAUCGUCGUCUUUGUGACACCCUUUGACGUCAUAAGUAUCCGGCUGUACAACCAAGGGGUGGACGCAGGAUCGGGGAAGGGGGUGUAUUACAGGGGCUUCUGGGAUUGUGCGUUGAAGAUCUGGCGAAGGGAGGGUCCGGUAGGGUUCUACAAGGGUUGGUCCGCCUCCUGGUUCCGGUUCGCACCACAAACCAUCCUGAGUCUUUCCUUCUGGAAUAUGAUGCAAAGUGGCUACUACCGUUACCUAGGAGAGAGGCAUAUGUCUCGUUUACGUCGUAACCAAGCAAAGACGUUCUAACAUUAGAACAGGCAUCCAUGAGACUAUAUACCUCAUCUAUCAGUUCAUAUGACUGCAAGUUUGAUGGUUCUCCCACAAACCCUUCAUAACCUUAGAGAUGCUCAAACCUGAGGUUCAUAUUCGGUUUGAUGUUUAACAACAGAGUUGAAAGGAAUUACUUAUUCGUACAUCAAAUAUCUGAUCGACCAUUUCCUAUGUGUCUAAAGAGAUUGUUUGACGCAGGAUGGAUUUCUGCUUUGUUGUUUGUUUCUUUCUUUCUUUCUGAAUUUAUAUACCAUCAAACGCUAUGAGUCUGUGCAGGACGACGCGACCGAAUGGAUAUAGAUCUGAGAUGGCGUCUCGGUGGCGAGUGGUUGAACGGUAUAGUUUGCAUCAUGGGCCUACAAUGAUCGCAUUUUGUGGCAGGAUAUUGAGUGGGAAUGAUGAAGUAGUGCUAACUCAGUACCUGAGCGGUUGAUAAUGGCAAACAACUUAUGAGCUUGUAAGAAACUUCGGCUGAGAAAACGAGGGUGUCGUGAAUUACCAAGCAACAGGUCCCUCGUUUGAAACUCACUCUU